CUCCUGCUGAGUUUCGUGAGAAAACGAUCCAUUUAAAAACCGUCUGCCUAAAACCGAACGUCGACCAAGUCUACGGUUCUGGAGAUGUGCUGGAUUCUAACGGGUUGUUCCCGGAAAAGCAGGUUUAAAUGCAUAUUCAAGGGAGACAAGAGACGGGAUAAACAAGGGGUAGCGUUAGCAGGCGGGCGAGAGCAAUUCCAGAAGACAAAGGUAACUGUGCUACGAACUAUGUGAUGAAUUAACAGUCGAGAAGAACAGUUGGGAGUGUGCAGGAGGCAGAGUUUGAAAAAAGCUCCAGAGAUUGUCUUUUGAAAUAUGAACAGAGCGACAUGCUUUUUUUGUCUCCAUCUCUUGAGCUCUCGGUGGUCGGGAAGCAUAACAACCCUAACAUGACGAUGCCCUGAAAUGGUAAUGACAGUCAGUCAUUAUGAGAAGCUAAACUGUAACCGUUAGAGACAUAUCUGCUCUUCAUGGAUAUACAGGGAGAAAGGAGAGAUUCGGUUAAAAACACAUUAUCAGGAAAGAAUGAUGGUUUGAGAGGCUAUAACUUAGAUGUUUGAAGGGACAUGUAUUCGAUUCUUUGCGUUCAAGACGAAAAUCGAACUCAAGCCACGAACGCUGGCACUCUGAAAUCUAUAACGAAACGCACAAGCCACUGCAGAGAUUGAGUGGCUUUCCCCACAUUCUUUCCCACAUUAUUUUCUUGCUAAGUGUGUAUACUUGAAGACUAUAGGCUACAUGUUGAUGAAAGAGACUGACAUAGAUCUACUUAUGAUAUAGUUUCAAUGAAAGCACAUAGCGGUCUAUAGGCUACUUUCAGCACCUCGGACAGCGACCAAAAUGACACGGCUGCGCAAGAAAGCUUUCAUUGCACUUUUCUUAUUCACUCUCUUCAUCUUCGGGACCAUGAUGGGCCUCAGAACACUGAAUCCAAGCGAUGGCUUCUCAGACCUUGCCCCGGGGAUGGGAGAGUUUGUGAGGGAAAGAGGAGGCGACCAUCGACGGCCAGUCUCAAACGACAUGGUAGUUUCCCCUGGUCAGUCCCAUCUAGCCAGCGACACCAAAGUCGUCUUCACAAAAUCCGACCGUGACUACAGUAUAUUCUACGACGUACAAAUAUUCUAUUACCUGUGGUAUGGCACCCCACAGAUGGACGGUAAAUAUAUUCACUGGGACCAUGUUCUAGUGCCGCACUGGGACCCUAAGAUCGCCCCCAGCCACGCCAAAGGAAGACAUACUCCUCCAGAGGACAUUGCGUCGAGUUUCUUCCCGGAGCUAGGACCAUACAGUUCUAGAGACCCCUCCGUGCUCGAGUCACAUAUGUCGCAAAUUGAAGCGGCUGCAGCAGGUGUACUGGUUCUGUCCUGGUAUCCACCUGGCAUUGCAGACAACCAUGGUGAGCCAUGUGAAGACCUGGUGCCUGCUGUCAUGGACGCUGCCCACAGACACAGCAUCAAGGUGGCGUUCCACAUCCAGCCGUACAAGGGUCGGACCGACCUCAGCAUGCAUGAUAACAUCAAAUACAUCAUUGACAAGUACGGGAACCACGGCGCCUUCUACCGCUUCAGGUCGACUACAGGGCGGAUCCUUCCUCUGUUCUAUGUCUACGACUCCUACCUGACCUCGCCUGAAGCCUGGGCCGACCUGCUCCACCCCACCGGCGCCCACACCAUCCGCGGCACGCCCUACGAUGGUGUCUUCCUCGCCCUGGUCGUAGAGGAACGCCACAAACACGAAAUCCUGGCCGGUGGCUUCAACGGCAUGUAUACAUACUUCGCCUCCAACGGCUUCUCCUUCGGCUCCUCUCACCAGAACUGGAAGGCAGUUAAGGCCUUCUGUGAUGGUAACAACCUGCUGUUUGUGCCCAGCGCCGGGCCAGGAUACGUCGACACCCCAGUGAGGCCAUGGAACAACCACAAUACGAGGAACAGGGUCAACGGACGCUAUUACGAGACUAGCCUGCAGGCGGCGUUGUCUGUGCGGCCGGAGAUUGUGACCAUCACGUCAUUCAACGAGUGGCACGAGGGGACACAGAUUGAGAAGGCGGUGCCUAGGAAGACGGUGUCGCGGCUGUAUCUCGACUACCAGCCCCACGGGUCAGAUCUGUACCUGGAACUCACCAGGAAGUGGGCCGAACACUUCAACAAGGAGAAAGACAAGUGGCUCAUGUAGUGGACAGGACUCCUGACUGGACUGGGUUCGAUGGGAAUAAUGUAUUUUGGGUGUGACUACUGAGCUGAGCCAGACCGAACCAAACUGCAUUGAGCGGGCCUGGUUAGUGGUUACACGUCCUCUAUAGUUGCUGGAACGAUGUUGAAAAGAAAAAUGUGGAAAGAAAAAUAGCACAGCCAGCACAGUUUUAUUUGGGUCAGCAUGAUAGUUUGAAAAGGGUAGGAGUGGCCUCACUGCUGGGUAUUCUGGGUCGAUAGGAACUCCUCUAUGGAUUUAUUUAGACAGUGAAGCUAAAACUUGCAAAUUUGGCCAUAUUCUCCAGCAUUUUGGAUUUGAGAUAAAAUAUUUCAUAUUAGGCGAUAGUACAGAAUGUCACCUUUUAUUUGAGGGUAUUUUCAUACAUAUGUUUUACUGUUUAGAAUUGAAAUACCUUAAUGUAUCUAGUCCCCCCAUUUGAAUACCUUAUUUUUUCAUAAGUAUUUGGACAGAUUCACUUAUAGCGUAUUAAAGUAGUCAAAGGUGUAGCAUUUGGUCCCAUAUUCCUAGCACACAAUGACUACAUCAAGCGUAUGACUCAACAAACUUGUUGGAUGUAUUUGCAGUUUGCGUUGGUUGUUUAUCCCAAUAGGAACUAAAUGGUCAUUAUAAAAUGGGUGGUUUGAGCCCUGAAUGCUGAUUGGUAGACAGCCGUGGUAUAUCAGAUUGUAUACCACAUGUAUGACAAAACAUUUAUUUUUACUGCUCUAAUUAAGUUGGUAACCAGUUUAUAAUAGCAAUAAAGUACCUCGGGUUUGUGGUAUAUGGCCACGGGUUGUAUCCAGACACUCUGUGUUGCGUCGUUCAUAAGAACAGCCCUUAGCUGUGGUAUUUUGACCAUAUACCACACCCCCUCGUGCCUUAUUGCUUAAAUAAUGUACUGGAGUCACUUUUAUUGCUUCAUUGUCCAAAUAAAUACAAAGGGGAGUGUAUGCCUUUGACUGGAACAAAUGGGACUGAGACUGCUCACCCGAUUGACUUAAGCCAGGUGGAAUUGUUGCAAUCAGAGGGCAAGAUGGUGGUUCCAAUAUAUUGCUUACACCCAUACAAUCCUAUUACACUUAUCCAAUCUUCUCAGAUCUUCCAAAGUGUCUAGGGGGAGAGGGCUAAUGGUUGAUUUGGGAUUCAGGGUUACACUCAUGAUUUAACCCUGUGUUCAUCAACUCUUCUGUUCUCUAAAAUGAACAUUCCAGGGGACUUUUCAUCACGAUACCUGGUUUCUUUUUGAACAUCUGAAUAUAUAACAACGUUUAAUCGGUUGGUUACCUCAACUUAUGUAGGUGGCAAGAAACUGUCUGUUUUGAGUGACUUAAGUCUAUUCUUUUCAAAUUAGUUAUGUUAUGAUGAUUGCCACAGUAAUGAUAGAGCCAUUGGGGUUGUGUAGUGUGGGUGAAUUCUGUUGUGAUGAUAGAGCCAUUGGGGUUGUGUAUUGUGGGUGAAUUCUGUUGUGAUGAUAGAGCCAUUGGGGUUGUGUAGUGUGGGUGAAUUCUGUUGUGAUGAUAGAGCCAUUGGGGUUGUGUAUUGUGGGUGAAUUCUGUUGUGAUGAUAGAGCCAUUGGGGUUGUGUAUUGUGGGUGAAUUCUGUUGUGAUGAUAGAGCCAUUGGGGUUGUGUAGUGUGGGUGAAUUCUGUUGUGAUGAUAGAGCCAUUGGGGUUGUGUAGUGUGGGUGAAUUCUGUUGUGAUGAUAGAGCCAUUGGGGUUGUGUAGUGUGGGUGAAUUCUGUUGUGAUGAUAGCCAUUGGGGUUGUGUAGUGUGGGUGAAUUCUGUUGUGAUGAUAGCCAUUGGGGUUGUGUAGUGUGGGUGAGCUUUGAGACUUUCUGACUUAUUCUUUCCUGUAUUACUUUGAAAUGGUGAAAAAUAAAUGUAUUGUCUGUUUCCUAUCUGAGAAUACUUUGUAUUUGAAAUAGGGUGGGUUCGACUAAGCCAAAUCAGCAACGGUCAGAUCCACCAUUUGGGAAGGAGCCUGUUCUAUAUUACACUCUUCUAUCAUUGUCAAGCCAAACUGUAAUAGCUACUUUAUCAAUUAGAAACCAUGGGGUCAGUGCUGAAUCUGCUGACUAACAACACCUUGUGGACUACCAGUGGAGGCUGCUGAGGGGAGAACGGCUCAUAUUAAUGUCUGGAAUGGAUAUUAUUAUGAGCCAUCCUACCCUCAGCAGCCUGCCUCCACUGUUCGCUACACUGGCUGUCCUGAUCCACACACACAGUACCCAAGCACAUCACCCGUUAACACCAACUACCCAACCAGGCUUUGGCGUUGUGCGGUUAUAUAAAUGUCAGGCUUCACAGCCCCGUGCGAUGGCAGGCCCCAACGCUCCUCAUCAUUACUGAUCUUUCUAGGGCCAGGUGACAGAUCAGAUGAUGUGCUCAUACCAUUAUAGCUCAAUGGGUCAGAUGAUGUGUUCAUACCAUUAUAGCUCAAUGGGUCAGAUGAUGUGUUCAUACCAUUAUAGCUCAAUGGGUCAGAUGAUGUGUUCAUACCAUUAUAGCUCAAUGGUUCAGAUGAUGUGUUCAUACCAUUAUAGCUCAAUGGUUCAGAUGAUGUGUUCAUACCAUUAUAGCUCAAUGAUUCAGAUGAUGUGUUCAUACCAUUAUAGCUCAAUGGUUCAGAUGAUGUGUUCAUACCAUUAUAGCUCAAUGAUUCAGAUGAUGUGUUCAUACCAUUAUAGCUCAAUGAUUCAGAUGAUGUGUUCAUACCAUUAUAGCUCAAUGAUUCAGAUUAUGUGUUCAUACCAUUAUAGCUCAAUGGUUCAGAUGAUGUGUUCAUACCAUUAUAGCUCAAUUGUUCGUACCUCAGAAUGUCACCCGUCGAAGGGCAGUGAACUGUGAGAGACAGAGAAUACAGAGAUAGAAGGAUGAAAAUAGAAUUUGACUGACAAGACAGUGGGAGGGCAUAAAUAAAGAAAUCAUUGACUUUC